GCAGGCCGGGGCCUGAAGUCGCACGCCUACAUCCACAGCGUGCAGUUCAGCCACCACGUCUUCCUCAACCUGCACACCCUCAAGUUCUACUGCCUGCCCGACAACUACGAGAUCAUCGACUCCUCUCUGGAGGACAUCACGUACGUGCUGAAGCCCACCUUCACGGCGCAGCAGAUCGGCAACCUGGACAAGCAGGCCAAGCUGUCGCGCGCCUACGACGGCACCACUUACCUGCCCGGCAUCGUGGGGCUCAACAACAUCAAGGCCAACGACUACGCCAACGCCGUGCUGCAGGCUCUGUCCAACGUCCCCCCGCUGCGCAAUUACUUCCUGGAGGAGGACAACUACAAGAGCAUCCAGCGGCCCCCCGGGGACAUCAUGUUCCUGCUGGUGCAGCGCUUCGGGGAGCUGAUGAGGAAGCUGUGGAACCCGCGCAACUUCAAGGCUCACGUCUCGCCCCACGAGAUGCUGCAGGCCGUGGUGCUGUGCAGCAAGAAGAACUUCCAGAUCACCAAGCAAGGCGAUGGCGUGGAUUUCCUCUCGUGGUUCCUCAACGCGCUGCACUCGGCCCUGGGCGGCACCAAGAAGAAGAAGAAAA